AUGGGUGAGCCCUCGCCGGAACGCGAGGCCCGAAGGGAAGCAGAUAGAUCGGGAAUCCUUGAAGACGAUCCAAUCGGUUCGUCGACGGGGUCGUUAUCUGCUGUUCUCGCACGAGCAGGAGGUGGUCCACCGGCCGGAGCUUCUUGGCCCGGCGUGGGUCAUGGCGUCCCCCCGGCCGGUGGAUCUUGGCCAGGCGCAGCAGCUCGCCCGCCCCCGGAUGGCGGCUGCUGGCCCAGCGCGGCCGCAUCCGCGCCCCCGGCCGGCGUUGGCUGGUCCGGCGUUGGAUGGCCCAGCUCGUCCUCUGGCGCCGGCUGGCCAGGCUCAUCCUCUGGCGUGCCCCUGGUCGGAGUUGGCUGGCCCAGCUCGUCCUCUGGCGCGCCCCUGUCUGCUGGCACGUCGUCUGCCGGCGACAGACUUGGUUGGCAGCAAUGGAAUGUUACAACGACUGCUCUUUUCGGUCCUGAUUGGAGGGAGACGAGGACACCUGAACGAGUCGAAGAUGACUGCGUCGAAAUAGUGGGCUCUGGUGCUCCUAGCCGUGGUGGCCGAGGUGGUCGAGGUGGACGCUCACAAAAGCCUCCUGCUGUUCCUGCUGCCCCCCACCGGACACUGUCGAUCAAACCGACUCAAGUUCAUGAUGGUGAAUUGAGCUUAGAUGCCAUGUUAUGCUUUGUGAUAAUGUAUAGUGAUCAUGGUCCAAGCGAGGCCGAUUGGUCGGAUGAAAAUACUAGGAUAGUUUGUGAGAUUUUUGCUGAUGAAGUACAAAAGGGAAAUCGGGCAAAUACUCACUUGAAUAAGGCUGGGUACAAGAAUGUCAUUCAGAGGUUCAAAGAAAGGACUGGAUGUGAUUACACUAGACUGCAGUUCAAAAAUAAGUGGGAUAGGUUGAAAGGUGAUUAUGCUAUUUGGAAGAAACUCUCCAACCAUCAAACUGGUAUUGGAUGGGAUGAAUCGAAAAAGAACAUUCGGAUGCCAGAGGCUUGGUGGAAGAAGAUUAUAAAAGAAAUCAAGGGGAGUUCUAGGUUCAAGCAAAAGAGGGCUGCAGAAUGUGGAGCAGUUGGAAAUUAUGUUUGA